AUGUGGAGACAUUUAUCAAAAUCACAAAAGCUCAUGUCAGUAGCAUCUGCUACAGCUGCUACAGCCAGUUUUGCGUACUACAUGAAUGAGAAAUCUGUCAACAAUAACAUUUACAAAAAGACAAUCCAGCUCCAAGAAAAGACAUCAGAUUUACCUCCUCUCUUCACAAGAAACAAGGCUUUUGCUGAAGCACUUCAGGAACAGCAAGAGAGUCAACAACGUGACUUUUGGAACCCUCCUUCACGUGAAGAGAUGAUCAAACGAUUGAAAGAUAACACCAAGGAGCCUUUUGAUUUGCUUAUUGUCGGCGGUGGUGCUACUGGUGCCGGCAUUUCUGUGGAUGCUGCUACUCGUGGAUUGAAUGUAGCCAUGGUCGAAAGAGAUGAUUUCGCAUCUGGCACUUCAUCCAGAUCUACAAAGUUGGUGCAUGGGGGUGUGCGUUAUUUACAAAAAGCCAUCAUGGAACUCGAUUACGAACAAUAUGCUCUCGUAUGUGAGGCUCUUCAUGAACGAAAGAUCUUUUUGGAUAUUGCACCUCAUCUCUCAGACCAAUUGCCCAUCAUGCUUCCAGUAUACAAAUGGUGGCAGAUUCCUUAUUACUGGGUAGGAUGCAAGAUGUACGAUGUCUUUGCUGGCCGUGAAGCACUCGAAAGCAGUUACUUUUUGACUCGCUCCAAGGCAUUGGAAGCAUUCCCUAUGUUGAAAAAGGAUGAAUUGGUCGGUGCUUUGGUCUAUUAUGAUGGCCAGCAUAAUGAUGCAAGAAUGAACGUUGCAUUGGCCAUGACAGCCGCAUGUUAUGGCGCCACUGUAGCCAAUCAUUGUGAGGUAACAAGCUUGACAAAGGACAAGAAUGGUUUUGUCAAUGGUGCUCAUUUGAGAGAUAACAUUACUGGUGAUGAAUGGACUGUCAAAGCAAAGGGUGUCAUCAAUGCCACUGGCCCUUUUACUGAUGGUCUUCGCAAGAUGGAUGAUGCUGAAAACUUGGAAAUCGUUGCACCCUCUGCCGGCGUUCAUAUCAUCCUUCCCAACUACUAUAGUCCUAGAAAUAUGGGAUUGUUGGAUCCUGCUACAAGUGACGGACGUGUCAUUUUCUUUUUGCCAUGGCAAGGUAACACCAUUGCUGGUACUACAGAUUCUCCUACUGAGGUUACUCAAAACCCUAUGCCCAAAGAAGAUGAAAUCAACUGGAUUUUGGAUGAGGUAUCCCACUAUCUAAGUGCUGAUGUCAAGGUUCGCCGUAGUGAUGUCCUCGCUGCUUGGUCAGGCAUUCGUCCCUUGGUCCGUGAUCCUCAUGCCAAAAACACCGAAUCCCUCGUCCGCAACCACAUGAUCAAUGUCAGUGAAAACAAGCUCAUCACUAUUGCUGGUGGCAAAUGGACAACAUACCGUGCAAUGGCUGAAGAAACCGUGGAUCGUGCUAUCCAAGUAUUCGACCUCAAACCCACCGGCAAAUGUGAUACUGAACAUGUUCAACUGAUUGGUGCCAAGGGAUACAGCAAUACCAUGUUUAUUCGCUUGGUUCAAGAGUUUGGCAUGGAUACUGAAGUUGCUGCCCACCUCGCAAGAAGCUUCGGUUUCAAGGCUUGGGAUGUCGCCUCUAUUGAAGACCCCACCUCUGCCAGCUGGCCCAAAUACGGUAACCGCAUUUCUCCCAACUAUCCUUAUAUUGAAGCUGAAGUGAGAUACACUGUGAGACAAGAGCUUGCAUGCACUGCUGUUGAUGUUUUGGCUCGUCGUACUCGUCUCGCUUUCUUGAACGCUGAAGCUGCUCUAGGAGCACUUCCUCGUGUCAUUGAAAUCAUGGCCGAAGAGCUCAAAUGGGACGCUUCUCGUCAAAAGCAAGAGUACAAGGACGCUGCCAUCUUCUUGACUACCAUGGGUCUUGCCAAGGAAAAGGCAGUGCAAGCCGAUACCGAAUAA